UCAAACAAAAUCCUCGAAUAACGGAUGGAAAAAUAAAGUAACACAUUUUAUUGGGAAGAAAAAAAGUCGAAAAAAACCUAGCAUAUAACGAUUAUCCAAACAAAUUGGGAAAGUGAACAUGUCCCAAACGCCUCCAAGUGAUUUGGUGCAAAGUGUAUGUGAAGUAACUGGAACAAAUGAAGCUGAAGCCAAGCAUUUACUAGCUGCUUGCAACAAUGAUGUUGAGGCUGCUGUUGCACUCUUCUUCGAAGGAGGUGGCGGAGCUAGUCUUGGCGAGGGAGCUGAUGAUGCCGAGGCAAAUUUGCCGCUUCUGGAUGAAGAUGAGGAUGGGGUGCGGGCACCCAUAGCACCUAUUCGAGAGCAGUUGAUAGGACCUGAAGACGAUAACUUUUAUGCUGCCGCUCCACCACCACGAUUGAGGGCUUCAACAACGCGUCGUGUUAAAGUUUGCCCACUGCGAGAUUUUGCCCGAGAGGGCGCCCUAAUGGAAGAGCAAUUGGAACAGGCAGCUGAUGGCAGUGGCCUUGCCGCUUUGGACAAUUUGUACGAAGCUGCUUCGCACAGUCGUAGCUCAUCGCGACGUAAUCGCGCUGCUGAUAUGGUGGCCAGUGCUCAAAUGUCGGAACCGAAAAAAAGCCGCCUGGAAGAUUUGUUUCGUCCACCCACAGAUAUUGCGUUUGCUGGCAAAUUUUCCUCGGCCAGAGAUCGAGCGGAAGCCUUGAAGCAAUGGCUGCUAGUUAAUGUUCAAAGUGAUAAUUUCGAUUCACAGCUUUUGAAUCGUGAUGUGUGGUCUGACAAGGCAUUGCGGAAACUAAUGAAAAGACAAUUUCUCUUAUGGCAGGUUGAUGGUGACUCAUCCGAAGGCCGACGUUUUGUUGCCUUCUACCACUGUGCCAAACUACCUUAUGUGUGCGUAAUUGAUCCUCGUACCGGGGAGGAAAUGUGGAAGUGUACCAAUCCCAAACAGUCAACACUACUCAACGAUUUGAAACAAUUUCUAAUCGAUAAUAAAGAUUUUAGCCAAGAGCUCGAGGAGGACUGUGGUCCUUCGACUUCCUCUAGUAAUAAACGCUCAGCCACUGCCAUUUGCCUGGAUAGCGACGAUGAGGGUGGAACUGCUACAAGUAGCAGCAAAUAUAAUGCUGAUGAUGAUGGUAAUUCCAAUGCCAGCAGUAAUUCGUCUCUCAAAUCCUCGAGUAUUCCUAAGAAACGAAAUAAAAUUAUGGAAUUAUCCGAAGAUGAGCAGAUUGCUUUGGCCAUACGCAAUUCAAUGAACGAGAAUGGUGUUAGUAGUGGCAAUGGACGAAAGCGUAAAUCGAAUGGUAUAACAACAACUACAGUGAGCGAUGACGAAGAGGAGGAUGAUGAUGAGGCCGCCGAUGGGGCUAGCGAUUUUGGCAGCGUAGAAGAAUUCCAAGAAGACGAUACCAAAAGUGCCUGUGAGCGCACAUCCUAUGAAGAACAACUGGGCACGAAUAAGGACGUACUGACCAUGCUUAAAGUAAGACUUAUCAAUGCCGAGGGUGCCGACGAGGUGGUCCAACUGCGUUGGCCCUCGGACACAAAGUUGUUGGCCUUGCGCUCUUACAUUAGGCAAUGCCAUUCGCAUAUUCCAAAAAGUGGCUACAAGCUUAUAUGUGCUUUUCCACGCAAAGCUCUAGACUCAGAACAUGAUGCAUGUACACUAAAGGAGAUCGGUCUACACCCUUCUGCCAAUUUACACAUUACUUUAGACGAUUAAAAAUCCAUAUCGUGUUCGUUCGUUAAACUACUCCAUUAAAUAUAAGCAUUUUUUUAUUCUUGGUCUGAUGGUUCGUCGCAUUCAUCAUUCAUUUCGUUAAAAGAAAAACAAACAUUCAUGUCUACUUACUAUUUAAUUAAAUUAUUUACUGAUGUA